AUGUCGGAAGAAGAGAAAGAGCUUCUGGCUCGCAUCGGGCAACUAGCGGGCCAAAUCAACAGACACAAAAGUCAACAGGCUGGAGUCGGGGCCACCUCGAGCCGCCAAGCAAGUGACUAUCGAAGUCCGUUUGCAGUUAAUACAGCGAGUCGUUAUGGUGCUGAUUUCAGAGAAGGGGGAAAUACAUAUCGCCCACGCAGCGCUUAUCAUGGCUCGGCAUAUAGAGUUGGGCGAGCGCAAAACAACCACCGCCAUCGGACGCUUCACCUCAACCAAUCUCGGCCACCAUCUGAUUCUAAUACUUCAAGUCCGGCUUCAACACCUGGAAGCAGUGGCUGGGUAUCUAGAAACGACCGACAUCGACAGCUAAUCAAUGCCAACGUCUAUGAGAAAGAUACCCAGAACCGCGUCAAAGCGAUUGAAGAGACGAGGCAGAAGAAGCUGCAGGAUCGGAAGAUGCGCGAAAAAAUUCAACUGAAGGAUUUUUUGCGCCAUCAGGCCAGCGCGACUAACGCGGUUGCUAACUCCAAACCCGGUGUAGGCAAAAUUGAGAUUGUGGUUGAGGGCAUUCGUUUCCAAGUAGCCGAUGGCGGCAAGAAGCUUGUUAAAUCAUCAGAUCAGCAUUCUGCCACUCCAAAGACGGCUGUCAUCGCCGGUGUCAGAUUCCAUCGGACGAAAACUGGUAACCUUGUGGCCAACAGAAUCGUUCAAGACCAACGUCGAUGUGGAGUUCUAAAAAAGGCUCUCCAACCUUGCAAAACAUUCUCAACGACCGGUAAUAGAUAUUUCCAAAUGGAUCGAACCAGCGCUCUCAGCAAACGAGAUAGCCCCGAGACGCGGGGCUGGCUAUGGGUAUACACUAACGACGAUACUUUUUGCCACUGCACAAAGGCCGAUUGUCCGUACACGCACUCCAGAGCAGCGCCCGGUGCUUUGGUUUGCGAGGCAUUUGGCUUCUACGGCUACUGUGACAAGGGAGCUUCCUGCACUGAGCGUCAUGUUUUCGAAUGCCCUGACUUUAGCAAUACCGGGAUCUGCAAGACUAAAGGAUGUAAACUCCUCCACCGUGAAAGGGCAAGCGUCCUGCGAAACCAGGCCAAAGCCAACGGCGCUAUGGAUGAAGAUGUUUCCAGCGACGAAGAAGCAGUGGAUUCAGAUGACGUUGACUCAGAUGAGGUUGCAGAAUUCAUCGAAGCAGAAUCAGACGACUCUGACUUUGAGAACCAAAAGGACUUUAUACCCCUCUAG